UGGUCGGGUUCCAAGAAGAUGGGAAGAAACAAAUUUCAUUGUCUACAACCAAUGAUGAUUUUCAUGACACUCGAAGAUAUGUUUUUACAUGUGCCGUGUUUGCGUCGCUUAAUUCCGUGCUUUUGGGAUAUGAUGUUGGUGUUAUGAGCGGAGCAAUAAUCUUCAUUCAAGAGGAUCUGAAAAUCACCGAAGUCCAAGAAGAAGUUCUUAUGGGAAUUUUGAGCAUAAUUUCGUUGUUUGGAAGCUUAGCAGGUGGAAAAACAUCAGACGCCAUCGGCAGAAAAUGGACCAUUGCUUUUGCUGCUAUUGUCUUCCAGACAGGGGCUGCAAUCAUGGCUCUUGCUCCUUCUUUCAGCUUCUUAAUUCUCGGCCGACUCCUCUCCGGUGUCGGUGUCGGUUUCGGCGUCAUGAUUGCCCCGGUAUACAUUGCUGAGAUAUCCCCCCCGGCUGCCAGAGGAUCCCUGACAUCUUUCCCUGAGAUCUCCAUAAACUUCGGAAUCCUUCUUGGUUACAUUUCGAAUUAUGUCUUCUCGGGACUCCCUGUUCAUAUCAGCUGGAGGGUCAUGCUUGGCGUGGGAAUAAUCCCUUCAGCUUUGCUUGGUUUCACUCUUUUAAGGAUUCCUGAAUCUCCCCGUUGGUUAGUGAUGCAGAACAGAAUCGAGGAGGCUAGAAUUGUUCUAUUGAAAACAAACGAGAUGGGUAUGGAUGUAGAGCAAAGAUUGAUGGAUAUUCAAAAAGCUGCAGCAAUUGGGAGUGCCAAUAAGUAUGAAUCAAAAGGCGUUUGGCAUGAUAUCUUGAGCCCCACGCCUACGGUGAAGCGAAUGUUGAUAGCAGGCUGUGGGAUCCAAUGCUUCCAACAGAUUACAGGCAUUGAUGCAACGGUGUAUUACAGCCCGACAAUCUUCAAAGAAGCUGGAAUUCAAAGCAACUCCAAGCUUCUGGCAGCAACUGUCGCGGUCGGAUUCACGAAGACCACGUUCAUUUUGGUUGCUAUUUUUUUAAUUGACAGAGUGGGAAGGAAGCCUCUGCUUUACUUAAGCACGGUCGGGAUGACAGCCUGCUUGUUUUGUCUGAGUAUGACUUUGGGGGUUUUGGAUCAUGGAGAAUUUGGGAUUGUUUUGGCGAUGUUGGCAAUAUGUGGGAAUGUGGCUUUCUUUUCUGUCGGGAUAGGUCCGGUGUGUUGGGUGUUGUCGUCCGAGAUUUUCCCGCUGAGGCUGCGAGCGCAAGCGUCUGCACUCGGGGCGGUGGGGAGCCGAGUGAGCAGCGGGUUGAUCACCAUGUCGUUCCUGUCGGUGUCGCACACCAUCACGGUGGCUGGAACGUUCUUUGUGUUCUCGUUGAUUUCUCUGGUGUCGGUUGUUUUCGUUCACAAAUGUAUUCCGGAGACGAAGGGGAAGUCGUUGGAACAGAUUGAAAUGGUUUUCCAGAAGGGCGGAGGGGAACAAGAAGUCGGAAUCGUAGAGAUGGGUGACACGGAGAGACUAGUGCAGGAACAGGAUUUGACCUUGACCGACACCUAA